AUGCGCGCCGCGCCGCCGGCCGCGCGGCUUCUGCCGCUGCUGGUGCUGCUCGCGCUCCUGGCCGCGCCCGCCGCCCGCGCCAGCAGAGCCGAGUCCGCCGCCCCGCCGCAGUCCGGAUCCGAGCGCCAGCCGCGGCCGCCGCCCGGCCCUGGGCCCGGGAACGCCACCGGGAUGGGCUCCGGGGAGGCGGCGGGCGGCGGCGGCGGCAGCUCCAACAGCAGCGGUGACGCCCUGGUGACCCGCAUCUCCAGCCUGCUCCGCGACCUGCCCACGCUGAAGGCGGCCGUGAUCGUGGCGUGCGCCUUCUCCGCCUUCCUCAUAGCCUGCCUGCUGCUGCGCGUCUUCAGGUCGGGGAAGAGGUUGAAGAAGACCCGCAAGUAUGACAUCAUCACCACUCCAGCCGAGCGAGUGGAAAUGGCCCCAUUGAAUGAAGAGGAUGACGAAGACGAGGACUCCACAGUAUUUGACAUCAAAUACAGGUAAAACCUGUUCUCCAGCGUGUUGGCAUCCUGUGGCUGGUCGGCUGAAGCUGGGGGGUGUGAAGGAUCUGGAAGCUGUCCCGUCCGAGGUGUUGAAACCAUAACAAACAUUAUGUAUGAAACUCUGGCAUAGCUGUGUGUAGAGCGCCGGCUCCGAAUGCCACUGCGGGAGACACCACCCUCUGGACGCUCCUUUAAAAUGUCACCCUUUAUUCCCUCAAGAGGGCUUUUGCCUUGCUAAGGGGCAAGGGGAGACAUGCUGAUUUAAAAAAAAAGUUUAAAGCAACUGCCGACAAAAGUAAAAGAGAUCAGAAGUUAUCAGGAACCUGAGAAAAGCCUAAAGGAUAUUCAGCGGCAUAUUUAGGGUUUCUGACAGUCUGCUCUCCCGGAUCUACGCACUUUUAUAUGUCUGACCCUUUGUGGCCUUUCUGGGCUUGGUCGAGUUCUGGCCUUUCGUUGGUGGUGGCCGCGUGAAAGUUCAGAGUGCAAGGGCUCGGAGCUGCUCAGCUUGUAGCAGAUGUAAACACGUCCUGUGGCUCCUUUUCUUUUCCUUUUCCGAAAGGGUUCAGCAGAAUUAGGCAUGGAAUUUAAAAAAAAAAAUCACUGUGAUAAUUUAAAUGAAUGGUGGUUUGGUUGGCUGAAAAAAGCCCACUGCCAGGGACUACGUUUGCAGUUGGUGCAGGCCAGACUGGCCUAGGAACCCACCUGGACCCAGGAGGUUACUGCAGGAAGGCCCCUUGCACAGGCGGGUUUGGGUGAUGGCUUGUCUUGCAGCUCGAGUGCCCGACCCUUGCUGGAAGCAGGGCCUCGGGCUGACUCCUCAGGAUGAGAGAGGCCUCCCAUUUCACUAUUUCCCCAGGGUUACUUGCUGCAACGGAUAUCCUUCUGCAAAAGUCUCCGAGCAGUGCCUUUGGGGGUGGGCUACUCUGUGCUCUCUGGAAAGGUGUUUUGUAAUUUUUUUUAUCUCCUCUUUUCUGGCAUUCUGCAGGGUUUGCAAAUUUGCCUGUUUAUUGUCUGCUCCGCUGCUUGGGAUGAAAACUCUGGCCUUUCCGUACUCGCCCCUAUUUUCAGAUUUUUCAGUUUCCUGGGAAGGGGCUGCCCUGCUUUGGGGUCCCCUGGUCCCCAAGGCCCUCUGGGCAUGGGUGCUCUGCAGCCCUGGCCCAUCAGGGUGGCACUUUAGCCUCUGCAGAAAUGAGGGGCGGCCACUCUGAGGACAGUGGCCUGCGGGUCCUCGGCUCCCUCCUGUGAUUUGGCUUCUUUUGUUGACUUUCCUUCUCCCUUUCUCCGCCCUGUUUGCCAGAGGGGUGCGGGGGGCUGCUUUAUCUCUACCCUCCACCGUGUCCUCAUGGGCCAGGGUGGUGACUAAACGCGAUGGGCCGCCUAGCAGCUGUGCGCUGUCCGGACCUUUGAACUGGAACCGUGGCUCACACUUGCCUUUCCGACGACCGCGUCUGAGCCAUCUGCGGAGAAGCUGGAUUCUUCUGCCUGACGCACGGACGCCGGCCUCUGUAUGCCAGGUGCUCGUCACAGGGCCGGGCAGAGGCGGCCACCGAGAAUGACCUUCCAGACGCCACAGCUUUGGCACUAGAGGCUCUUAAAUAAAAAACGCUUCUGGCGUGAA